CGGCUGGCUUUGUCAGUAUGCUGUUUGAUAUAAGGCCUCAUACGAUGCCCACACCGUGACCGGAUAGCCCCUGCUUACUUCGCUUCUCGUCAUUGUUGCCCCUUUGCUACUUCGCAGCCUUUGUUCACGAUGGCUCGAUUUAACAAAGAGACACUCCGCAAGAAGACAGACGAAAUCAAGAAAGAAUUAAGGAAUGAUGAGACCCUCGAUAAGGCGAGGCGAUAUGCCAAUACCGGGUUCCGCUCUGCCCCAUCUGUUGCUGGAGAAUAUCUCUACGAAAAGCUUCCUGUCAUUCAGUGGCUUCCACGUUACAGGCCGCAAUGGGUCAUCAACGAUUUCAUCGCUGGUCUGACCGUUGGCAUCAUGCUGAUCCCUCAAUCUCUUGCGUACGCAAAGAUUGCAACGAUCGAUGGCCAAUACGGCCUCAUGUCCAGCUGGCUACCAGGAAUACUAUACUUCUUCAUGGGAACAUCGAAAGACUUAUCAACUGGACCAACAUCCUUGCUUGGGCUUCUGACUGCAGAAGCUGUUCGCAAACUGUCCGAAGACGGCUAUUCUCCUGAGCAAAUAUCGUCUGCCGUUGCUAUGAUGGUGGGCAUCUACGCCCUGGGUAUGGGUCUUCUGAAGCUCGGCUUUCUUCUCAACUUCAUUUCAGUUCCUGUCCUGACUGGAUUCAUCUCUGCCACCGCCAUCGUUAUCAUGCUGGGCCAAGUCGGCUCUAUCUUCGGUCUGAAGACCCGGACUGGUACGGCCAAGAUCAUCCACGACGUCUUCUCCCAGCUUGGAGAUUCUGACGGACCGACUGUCGCCAUCGGUUUUUCCGGUAUCAUCAUGCUCGUCGGCCUUCAGUGGAUUGGCAGGAGGUGGGGCAAAAAGAGCAAGAUCGUCUGGUACAUUGCACUCGCUCGUGCCGCGAUUGUCCUCAUACUGUUCACUGGUAUCAGUUACGGAGUCAACAAGGACCGCGAGGACCCCCUCUGGGCCCUUUCGCAGGUCAAAGCCGAUGGAAUCGCCAAGCCAAGAAUGGUCGAUGCUAACUUGAUUGCCAAAGCAGCUCCACUUGCUGUUACUCCUUUCUUCGCAGGAGCCCUCGAGCACUUGGCCAUUGCCAAAGGCUUUGGUCGCAAGAACAACUACGUGAUUGACCAAUCUCAGGAGCUUGUCUAUCUCGGACUCACCAACUUUGUCAACAGCUUUUGGCCUGUGAUGAGUGUCGGCGGCGCCAUGUCGCGUACCGCUGUCAAUUCUGAGUCUGGAGUACGCUCGCCAAUGAGCCACUUGAUUGCAUCUGGAUUCGUCCUGCUCAGCAUCUUCAAGCUCACCGGAGCACUGUACUGGAUCCCAAAAGCCACCCUCGCCGCAAUCAUCAUCACCGCAGUCUGGGCUCUCAUUGGCCCUGCAUCCGCCUUCUACUUCAUCUGGCAAACCUCACUCGCAGACUUCAUUGCCAGCAUGCUCGCCUUCUGGGUAACCCUCUUCGUCAACACCGAGUAUGGCAUCGCCUCCGCCGUAUGCUUCUCCAUCGUCUACACCCUCCUCCGCAACGCCUUCGCCUCCGUCAAGCACCAGUCCCCAAGCAAGCUCAUCAUGACCCGCAGUCCACCCGCCGGCCCCGAAGACAUCACCGUCGAGCCCGACACCCGCAUCUUCCGCUUCUCCCAAGCCAUCCUCUUCCCCAACGCCUACCGCAUCAAAGACAUCACGCUCGACACCGUCCAAACAUACAACGCCGGCGACGCAGACGUCAUCCGCGCAUCCCUAGAAAACCGCAACUGGAGCGUCAGCGGCGAGCGCAAAAUCCGCAAACUCCGCGCCAAAGCAGCCGUCUCGGCUGACCCGCCGCCCAUCCGCCUCGUCGUGCUGGACAUGGCCGCUGUCUCGUACGUCGACACGACUGGCGUGCUGGCCCUCGGCGAGUUCAAGGCCGAGCUGCGCAAGUACGGCGGCAAGGACGUGCGCGUGCGCUUCGCGAACAUGGGCGCGAGUCUGCGCAGGAAGUUUGAGCGGGCGAGGUGGCGGCUCGUCGAUGUGCGCGACGUGCUUGUGGUGGGCGUGCCGGAGGGUGCGGACGUGGUGUUUGAUUCCGUGGCGGAUGCGCUUGUGGGCGAGCCCGAGGUGAGAGAGAAGAGCGAGACGGUGAUUCAUAUCGAGCAGGCGGCGCUGGACAAGCUUGAUGUCUAGACUUAGCGUGAGGUUCGAGUUUUGGAGUCAUUUUAUCUGGAAGGGGUCCUAUACAUUUUUUCGUUGUUGGGGGGUGCAAGGCGAGAGUGGUGGAUACCCGAGACGGCCUUGUCGGAUAUGGCUGGGAUAGAUGGCCUGUGUGUUUUUUUCCUUGCGGAAUGGGAUGUGAGUACAGGGAUCGCUAUUAUGAUGUUACGAAUUUAUGUUUGAUAUUGCUGAACAUACACACUGAUACCUUUCUUUUCGUACAAUAUCAGCGUGACA